GUUUAAAAUCACUUUCACCUAACUGUUUAGUUAUCGGUGCUUUUAGUGCUGCAUUUUAAUUAUUCAAAGCAUAUGCCACUGCGAAUCAAGAAUGGAUUUUAACGUUACUGAAAUCCUCACCCUUUUAUGUAAACUGGCAGAUUCUGAAUGCUUGAAAGUGACAGCAAAUGAGCAUUCAAAAUUUUCUGUCGAGGAAAUUUUAAGGGCAAAUCAUCUGUCGGAACAUUUGAAGGACAAAGAAAACACAGUUAUUCAAGGAGAAAAUGAUGCUAUAGACUGUAUGAAGAAUCUUGUGAUGUUUUUAGUAAAUGAAGAAGAUAAUCCUUCGUCAACACAUGACAACUAUAUCACAAGUUUUCAAAGUGUGCAAGGUUUUUCUCUUGCUAGUAUUUUUGGUCUUUUUACUAGCUUUCAAACUAUUUUCACACGUACUUGGAACUAUGUCUUUGGCAAUUACCAGAUGUCUGUCAAUGUCCGAGUUGCUCCAGUUUCUUCAGUGUUACGCGUCCUGCCUCCGACAGAUCAAAAUACUUUGACUUUAAGAAUUCGGCAAAUUAUUCAACAGAACUCUAUAACCACGUAUGAUGCUUUAGCAGCACAAAUUGAGCAAGAUUCUUCACUUGUAAGAAGAAUAAUUCUUCGACAUUUAGUGGAAUAUGUGGAUGAAGAUCUAUCCAUGACAGUUACUCGUGGAAUCUGAGAUGAAAACUAAACCAUACAUCAAAAAAAUGUCAAAUGAUUGAUUAUGUAUAAGACAUAAAUCAGAAUUUGCUGUUUUGUGGUUUUUUUAAAUCCUAUAAGUAAAAUUACUAAUUACCUUGAUAUUUUAUCGCACAUUUAAUUUACUUUUUCUAGAAAAUCAAUCAGUAAAGUUUUUGAUAUUUUUUCUCGUCUACUGCAAACCAUAAAUAGAUAAAUUAUAGUAAUUGUCAAAAAAUUCGAACGUUAGAUUUUGAGGAUUCUCUAUAUUUCAGAUCACUCUGAGUGCGAAAAAUAUAUAUUUGGAAUUAUUUCUGCCAGUAAGCAAAACAUUUAAAAACGCAUUGAGCUAGAUUGGUGAAGUUUGAUAUGUAUUUUUACAUCAAAUUUGUAAACUUCUAGCAAUUUUUGAAGGAGAUCCACACACAAAAAUUUGGUUAUCAGACUUUUCGAUAAUUAAAUAACAAAUAAAUCCAAUAAUAAACAAAUUCAGCAUCUAAAGUGCAGAGUUAUAUCAAAUUUUGUAUUAAAUUGUUUAAAGGAUUGACCAUUUGUCGGUCUGUACUAUUACAUGUGUGUAGACGCGAAAACUCAAAAAUGCAGAACUGAAUGAAAUUUGUUAUGUAUUCUUGUUAUUAAAAUUGUAAUUAUGUGAAAGAUUUUGUUUCCAAUCGAUUAAAAAAUAUAUUCGA